CCGCCACGCAUCAUCCAUAGACACGCUAGCUUUGUAGUGUCCGUGCUUGUUUCGCUCUCGCUCUCUCUCUCUCUCUCUCUCUCUCUCUCUCUCGGGAUCGGAAGCCAAGUCCGCGCGGUGGUGCGCGCUAGCGGGGGGAUGAAGAAGAAGAGCGGCGGCGGCGGGUGCCUGGGCGCGCCGAUGCGCGCGCUGUCGCGGGCGUGCGACUCGGCCUGCGACCUCUACGUGCGCGGCAUGUCCGGGUGCGCGCGCCGCGUGCCGUCGGGGUCGUCCGCGGGCGUCGUGGGGCGCGGGUUCGGCGGGGCGGGCGCCGCGUCCCUGCGCCUGCGGGUCAGCAGCUCGGACGGCUCAGACGGUAACGACCUCGUCCGCGCCGCGGCCGCGGCCAGGCGCCACCAGCGCCGCGUCGCGGCCGAGCCGGCGGAGGAGGGCGCGGGCAGCAAGAAGGGCGGCGCCGCGGCGAGGCAGAGGCGCGUCGCGGCCGAGCCGGCGGAGGAGGCCAUCGGCUACUACGGUGCCGCCGGCAAGGCCCCAAUCAUCGGCGCGGCGGCACCGGCCGCCUGGGCCCCGGCGCGGAAGAAGGGCAGCGCGGCGGCCAUGGGGACCAUCGCCGAGGACGAGCCGUGCGAGUUCGGCGCCGACGGCGCCUGCGCCGUUGUCCCCUCGCUGAAGCCGCCGCGCCCCGCGGGGUUCGGCGCCGUCAAGGCGGGGGGCGACGACGUGUUCGCACGCUGACGCAUGCAUGCGAACGCGAGGCGUACUGGCCGUGAUCGUCCUGCCUGCCGGUGCAAGAUUGCAGAACUAGCUUCGUUCGAGGCGCAACUAGAUCUCCCCACUUUUCCCCCCUCUCUUCUCUCGUCUUGCUGUGUAAAUUAUUCUAUGUAUCGUUGAUAAGAAAUCUAGCGUGAGUGUGACGUGAUCCUCAGGAUUUUUCCUCCGGAAACCGUUUGAAAUGGUACAUGCACUGCCACUGGCUACUGCGAUUUCAACUUA